GCAGUCAAAGUCUAGAUCACAUUACGUGGAAAAAUUGAGUCACAUGAGUGUGAGAAGUAUCUCAAACUAAGGAUUGCCACGUCGCUCGUAUUUUCUCUUCACGACUGCCACGUAUAUCUAUCGAUCGUCCUGCUAACCGCAGUAUUAAAGCCUCAUUCCUCCUCUUAUAUCGCCCUCAGAAUGCCCAAAGUGCCGACAAACAAAAACUCUUUUGUCAACCCAGCAUCUCUUUCUUUACCAUCUACAUCUGACGACAUGUUUUCUUCUCCUUCACCCGAACCUCAGCCUGGUCCUUCUCGAAAACGUCCUCGUACUGAACAAUCUUCUGAGGACCGCAAAGAAGCCAGGGCUCACCGUAAUCGUAUUGCUGCACAGAAUUCUAGAGACCGUAGAAAGGCCCAAUUCUCCUAUCUUGAGCGCCGAGUCGCUGAGCUUGAGGAGGAGAAUCGUCAGCUUCGCGCUGGCAUGGGAAUGUCUCCUGCAGCUGCAACAUCUGCUCCCGUUCUCGUGUCUUCUGCCCCAAUCAAAUCAUCUUAUGAUGAAGCUAGAGAUCGUGAGAACGAAGAACUCAAGGAGCGGAUAAGAACCCUCGAAAAAGGUUGGGACGCUGUUGUUAAAGCUCUCGCCGAGCGGGGUCUUCCAACAGGUGUCGCUUCAUCAUCGAAUGUCGAGAUUGUACCUUCCGCUGUUUCCCCUCCUGCCCUUUCCACUUCUGUUAUGCCUCCCUCGCCUUCCUCAUCGACCACCUUCUCCUCCUCAUCUGUGUCGACAUCACCCAUCCCCUCAACUGUUACGUUGUCACCGUCAUCAUCAUUAGUAUCAGAGUCUUCUGAGGCCCCCCAGUCCACUCGCCACCUAGCACGGGUGGCGACAGGAAGAACCCCCCUUCCUUCCCUGCAGCGGGUGAACUGGCCCUCUAUGACCCCUACUGUGACAAUAUCUCAGCCGCCGCUGAUUUCGAGGUUCCCACUGGCUCUCAAGACGCACCGCCAGUUGACGACGCUACCAUGGAAUCCCUCUUCCGCGAGAUCAUCUCUGACAGCGAAUCUUCACCUGUCACACAGACGCAUUCGGAGCUCGUCUCGCUUCCCACCGAGAGUCAUUCGACUUAUGGUCUGGCUCAACCAAAAGAAUUCCACUCGCAAGCGACCUCCGCCAAGGAGGAAAUGACCAUUGGGCUUUUGGAUAGCGAUAGGAGAAUGCGUGUGGAUGGAUUAAGUACGGUCCACUUGAACGAAGAGAAUGCAAGUACAGAGGUUGAUGGGCUGGAUCUUGGUCUCAACCAUGGCCGUAUCGAGAACGACAUGAUGGAUUUGAGCGACUACAUUGGGGAAUCGGCGUCUUCACCCGAGUCAAGUGCCGCCUGGUCCGAUAU